GGGAGCAGAAGCCAGGCAAGAAAGUAGCAGAAAGUGAGGCUGGCAGGCGGCGGCAGAGGCAGGAAGUCUGUGCCGAAGAGCAGCAGAAAUUAGAGCCAGGGAGGGACCGCGGCAGCAGCAGCCAAGGCGAAAGAGGAAACUGCCGAAGAGGAAGCUCUGCGGCAGCCCGAGCCUCCGUGCGCUCCGCAUCCUCCGGCUCUGCAUCCCCGCGCCCGGCAUCCCCCUGUGCCCGCGCGGGGCCCCCGGCGCCCCCUCCCCAGCGUACCCCCGGCUGCCCCACAGCGCUAGUCUGCCAUGGCCCGGGAGAACGGCGAGAGCAGUUCCUCCUGGAAAAAGCAAGCGGAAGACAUAAAGAAGAUCUUCGAGUUCAAGGAGACCCUCGGAACUGGGGCCUUUUCUGAAGUGGUUUUAGCUGAAGAAAAAGCAACUGGGAAACUCUUCGCAGUGAAGUGCAUUCCAAAGAAGGCGCUGAAGGGCAAAGAGAGCAGCAUCGAGAACGAGAUCGCUGUUCUUAGAAAGAUUAAACAUGAAAACAUUGUUGCCCUGGAAGAUAUUUAUGAAAGUCCGAAUCACCUGUACUUGGUCAUGCAACUCGUGUCCGGUGGAGAACUCUUUGAUCGGAUAGUGGAGAAGGGAUUUUACACAGAAAAAGAUGCCAGCACUCUCAUCCGCCAGGUCCUGGAUGCUGUGUACUAUCUCCACAGAAUGGGCAUUGUCCACAGGGACCUCAAGCCUGAAAACCUCUUGUACUACAGUCAAGAUGAGGAGUCCAAAAUAAUGAUCAGUGACUUUGGUCUGUCAAAAAUGGAGGGCAAAGGAGACGUGAUGUCCACAGCCUGUGGGACCCCGGGCUAUGUCGCUCCUGAAGUUCUUGCCCAGAAACCAUACAGCAAAGCUGUUGACUGCUGGUCCAUUGGGGUGAUCGCUUAUAUCUUGCUCUGUGGCUACCCUCCUUUUUACGAUGAAAAUGACUCGAAGCUCUUUGAACAGAUCCUCAAGGCAGAAUAUGAGUUUGAUUCCCCCUACUGGGAUGACAUCUCCGACUCUGCCAAAGACUUCAUUCGGAAUCUGAUGGAGAAGGACCCAAAUAAAAGAUACACUUGUGAGCAGGCAGCUCGGCACCCAUGGAUUGCUGGUGACACCGCCCUCAACAAGAACAUUCAUGAAUCCGUCAGCGCUCAGAUCAGGAAGAAUUUUGCAAAAAGCAAAUGGAGACAAGCGUUUAACGCCACGGCUGUCGUGAGGCACAUGCGAAGGCUACAGCUCGGCAGCAGCCUGGACAGUUCAAAUGCAAGUGUCUCAAGCAACCUCAGUUUGGCCAGCCAAAAAGAUUGUCUGGCACCUUCCACGCUCUGUAGUUUCCUUUCUUCUUCGUCGGGGGUCACAGGAGUCGGAGCUGAGAGGAGACCCAGGCCCACCACUGUGACAACAGGGCACACUGGAAGCAAGUGACCUGGCUCUGGAGGUGGGACCCAGGGGGCGGAGCCAGGGAAGGGGAAGCCCCAGACCGGAGCAGCUCCAGCAUCGGAGACCCCACCCACCCUGCAUGGUGCGCCUGCAUAGGACUGGAAGGCAGAAGUUUUUUAUGGCCAUAUUUUAUACUGCAAUUCUGAUGUGUCCAUUUCUCACAAACUGUACUGACUCAAGGGGAGCUGACUUCACAGGAUCUGGUGCUGUAUAUACGAAUCUUGCAAAGCUCUAACUGAAUGGACCUUCUUGCUCCCCUCCCCAACUCCACCACUUCCGCUCUCUCAGUGUAGGCAGCCAUCUAGGAUGUAUUUUUUCAUGAAAAAAAAAAAGGUUUCAACUGGAUUAUUUAAAUAUUGGUAAAUGUUGUACAUUAGGAUUUUUCGGGGGGGGGGCGGGGGUGUAGUGCUGGGUUUUGAACCCAGGGCCCUGUGCAUGACAGGCAGGCACUCUACCACUGCGCUGGAUCCCUAACUGCAUUAGGAUUUUUUUUCUUUUUGAGACAUGUCUUUUUGAUCUCUGUCAGUUACGUGACCUCUCUCAUUCACUCUUUAGUAGUGGUUUUAUGUUACCUUUAAGAGAUACUUUUUUUUUGCCUCCAAGAGGAGUUAAAAGGUAUUUUUUAAAAUUCUAAGAGGAUCGAGAAUCUGUCUUCAAGGCUGAGUGCACUUUACUUGUGUUUCCUUGCCCUGUGUCUCUUCCUCAGGAGGUCACCCAGCACCUGGGCUGGGCUGGCUUCUCUCCAGGUAGCUUUUGCCAGAGAAACUGCAGAAAACCUUAUGAGCAGCUUCCCCUGAGAACCCCUCAACAACCACAGAAGAAAUAAGCUUGUUUCCUCUGCCCUAAACUCCAGGCUCCGUAUUACAGGUGAACUGCCCUCCAGUAACAGGAUCCCCACAGGGCCAAGGAGCCUCCCUUACAGGCGGCACUAACCGACAUCUUAUUUUUAAAAUGAACCACACAAAGCCCUCAUUUCUCAUGGGGGUUAAUGGAUUAAACUCUGUUCUCAGCUAUGCACUUUUAAAAUGAAUCUCUCUAUUUUUGCUUUAAUUUUUAAAUUAAUUUCUAAUCCUGACCUUCAAAUGGCCUAUGGCACACACUUUUCCCCUCCACAUUUUUACCCUAUUCUCUCAUGAACAUUACCCAAGAGAGGGGACAGAAAAGGCCUUGAAGAAGAAACCUUUUUGUUCGGUGGUAAGGGAAGACACCAAGUGAGCAGAAUACUGUCCACCUCAGAGCAAGGUCCAGCUGGUGCAGAAGCCUUCCCUUACAUCAGACGAGUCUGAAAUAAAACGUAACGGGGGUGGUCAGGCCAUUGUGUGCCCUGGUUUGCCAGGGAUUGAAAGAUUUCCUAGGAUAUGGAACUUGAAGGCUAAAAUUAGGAAUGUCCUAAAAACCAGUCCGUGUCGCUGACCUGCACAGUGGCUAGAUAUACAAGAAGAGCAGGCACGAAGUGUGGUCCAGGGAAAACGUUCUCCCAGGAGGUUCUCAGAGACCCAGGCAGCUGGCUCAAAUGUCAGUUCUGCCAGUGUUCCCCUUCUGUUCUCAUGUCUGUCUAAAGCCUGAGCCUCAUCUACAGUCAGUGGUUGCCUAGUAAUAUAGGCUGUGAUAGGUGUCCCUGAUGGCCUAGACAGGCCUGAGGUUGUUGUCCUCAUACCCCUCUCAUGUGCUUGUCAGCUAUAGAAAGUCCUGAUGGACAAGUAAGUCAUGCCUGCCACUCCUACACGUUUGCCCCUAGUCCUCCCUAGUACAUAUGCUGUGCAAGUGCGUGCACACACAAACAUACACACACAAACAUACACACAUACAAGCAUACACACACAAACAUACACACAUACAAGCAUAUACACACAAACAUACACACAUACAAACAUACACACAUAAAAACAUACACACACAAACAUACAUACAUACCAACACACACACACACACACACAGAGUAUCACUAGGGAAGAAGCUCCAGUCCCCCAAAGAUAUAUAAGAACAGUUUCAGUCAGACAUCUGGUCUACCUGUUCCCACUUGUCUCAUAAGUUCCCAAAUGUUUAGUGAGCCUCCUACCACACAAACCCAAAGAGUAGCAGUUGAAGCUGUCAUCUCAAAGUCUAUAAACCUUCUGGGAAGAGUUUCUAAAAUGACAACAGACUCAGUUGGAAAGCAAAUGCCACUGAGUCUGGAGAUUUACCCACCUACUCCGCCCUUCAGAAAGCUAGUGAUAUGAAUAUUACAAACAGUAUUUAAGAAAACCUAGAAGUGACUCAAAGGACGUUUAUAGGAUGUUUCCUGUCAACAAGUAUCAUGGAAACAUUCAAUUUUAUGUAACAUAAGAAAAAAAAUACAGCUGUGCUUGGUGGGCUAUCAUUAUAACACUUGGGAGGCUAAGGUAGAAGGAUCUCAGUUUUUGUGCAUCCUGAGCUAAUUAGUAAAUCCUUAUCUCAAAAGGGAAGAAGGGAGGAAGGGAUGGAGGAAGGAUGGAAGUAGUUUAGUUGAUUGCUGUAGUAGGGGAUUUUACCCGAGUUUGAUACCUUCCAUGUGUUGGCCCUUUGUGCUGUAUGGUACACAUAACUAUUUAUGCCUACAAAGUAACAUUAUUAGUGCUGAAAGUAUCUCAUAGAGCUGAUAUAUGGGUACAUGGACUACAUAUAAAUAUAUAUGAACUACAAAUAAAUACAGAGCAGUUGAAGAGUAAGCCCUGGUGCAGGUGUCUACCUUGCAAUCAACUAUGCUUGAUUCAACCUGGACACAUCAGGUCUCCAUGAACUGGUGUUAAGAAGAUGAUUGAUAUUGCCAGCUCAUAAGGUUGAACUUGUCUUCUAGAAGCACCCACAGCAUGUCACUCACUUGGGUUAUUUCCUACUGUCUUAAGAAAGGUCAAAAUAAGUACCAGCCGAGCCUUCUGUUCUGAGAAAGUCAGCAUGGGAGAAAGACGAAGUUUCACUUCCAGUUGGUAUUGUUAAAUAAUAAUAUAGGAGACUACAGAAUGGACUUAGUCUUAGGACCUGGAAAAUGGGAUGGCAAAGUCUUGGCUCCCCCACUCUUGUUAGAGUCCACUGACACAGGCUGAGAAUUUCAUGUAUGUAUCAGGAUACUUAGCAGCUAUAGUGCUUAGCUGAACACAGAGGCCCCUCUCAGACUGCUUUCCUAAUAUCGGGCUCUUACUGACACCCCCACUAGAGCCUUUUCACAUUUCCUGAGCAAGUGAAUAUUUAUUUCUUCACUUGGUUAUGAAAUUUUGAAAUAUUACCAGAAUAUUUCCCUCUGCUUCCUGCCUGUCCCUCCCUCAUCCCCUGACCUCCACCCAUAACUGAGGCAGAAAGGGCAGCUAACAUUCAUCUAAAACCAGCAAUGAGAGAGGGAAGCCCUCUUCAGCUCCAACAAGGCCAAUAGCUUGUCAUUCCUAAUCAAGGGAUCUGUAGAGUUUGGAGCUUCAGAUGUAGGGGUUAGGAAGGGACAGAGGCAGUUGGAAGCUGGAGGGACAGGGCCUACCACAAACCCUUGAGGAAAUGGAGGCUGCCCAGUCAUGUGAGGCAGCAACCCGAGUGUCACAGGCUUUGUAACAAGCCCUGGCUGCUUUGUGCCCCUUUCUACUGCCUCUAACCCCAAGGGGACUCUGACUCCAGAAGAUCAACUGCUAUUCCCAUCUCUGUGUGAAAGAAAAGGACUCUGGAGAAGGCAUUGAAACAUAUCAAAAUGUCUGGAUUCCUGCCCUUGACCUUGAUGCUGGGUCUCUUCUAAAAUGCUACCCUGAGUCUCCAGCCAUACCACUUCAACUGUGCCCAAUGUCAUCUAAGAUGCCUCCUUAAGAAGACAGCCACCUCCAUUUGUACGACAAGUUGUGGUUUUGAGAAAGUCGCAACCUUCAGAAAUCUCUGAGUGUGGUAUUUGGGGAACACAGCAGUUGGCCUAGUGAAUCCCAGACUCUGUUUACCCACUUAUGCUUCCUCCCACCCCUGACCUCAGUGCCCCGCAUGGGCUAGAGAGUUUGUAGAUGGCAGAUGCCUUUGCACCACAGGCCAAGAACACAGUGGACACUGAAAAAGGAACCAGUUGGUCCCCUCUUAAGAGAACUGACCUCCCAUGGGAUGCAAAACUUGCUACAGUCUGCUUUAAGAGCUUGUUUAAACAGUUGGGGAAGCCCACCCAGUAGGAAUGACGGGAUUUUAGAGCUGUGGGUAUCAUGACCCUUUGACCUGCUCAGAAUUAUGACCAGAACUGACUUUUCACAUUGGGGAAACUAUAUUGGUGCCAUUAUUCCAGGCUGCAGGCAGGAAACCUAGGACCAGCAGUGCCCCUGCCUUGCAAGAUUUGCACAAGUGGUGUGAUGGGUUUUCCUAGGCCAUGAGGAAGGAGGGCGAGAGCCAGGGAAGGACAGCUCCUUCCUUUUUUCACAACCAAGUGGCAGGUUUUCCAGGUUGGCACACACUCCCAGCAAGUGAGAUACAGGCCCUGCUUGCAUGUCCUACAGACCAGCGCUAGGUUCCCAUCCCUUCUCCUCACAUUCCGACGGUUUGCCUUUUCCUUAAACACAUUCCAGACCAAACACUGUUCAGUUUGUUUCCAAAAUUAAAAACCAAUGUAUAUAUGUGUAUGUAGUCCACUGCUCUUUAAGGGGUUAUCUGGUCUUAGGUUGGGGUUGCAAGCAGAAAAAGUAUUCCAAUCCUUUGAUUUCCAGAAUUGAGAGUUUUGAGAGGUUUUUGUUUGUUUGUUUGUUUGUUUGUUUGUUUGUUUGUUUGUUUUCUAAGCCAAGUUGGGGAAGAGAAAUUUUGAAAGGCAAACUUUUUUCCUGCUACCUCUACAGAAAUUUGUGUGCAGGUUAGUUAGCUUGAAAACUUUAACCCUGGGUAGCAAGCGGGUCUAAGGAAGAAAGGAAGAGGAAAGGCCACACCCCAUCCGCCAGGUCCCUUCUUGGUGGUCUCAGUGCAUCAAGGUCUGCCUCCUGCUCCAGUGUGUGCACCGGAGCCCAGCCCCGCUGUGAAAGUUGGCCCUGCAUGCUGGCCACGGCCGGGCCUGCCUUCUGCCAGCAGCCAAAGUCUUCACAAUCAGCAGGGAAGACUUAGCCCUGGGUAGACUUCCCUGUAAGCCCAGUGGGAGCAGCUCAGCUUGCGGCUUUAUGGGCUCCACAUUUGCAAACCCAAAGGCUGUGCAUUUGGAAGCCAAACAUUCAGUUCAGCAUGUGGCUCCCGAGUCUGGUUUCGUGGACAAACCGUGGAAUGGCUUCUCUGUGUCUGUUUUUCUCUAAGCCAAAGGGACAAACAAUUGCAUUGACCCCUUGUACUAAAGCCGCUUCUGCAUUCUCCAUUCCUGUUUUUAACCUUCUCUGUCUCUGGGGAAUUUGUUAUAUAAUUAUCAUGUCCUCUGAUGAUUUAUCAAACUAUAUUACUUACAGGUGAUUUUAUUUUUCUUAUGGAUGGGAAAAAUAGAAAACGAGAGACAUGUUCGAGACUUUAAUCAAAGACAUUACUCAAAAGUCCCAAAUACUAGUUAACUUGCUCCUCAAUGGGAAAAAAAAUCUUCAUUUGAGCAGACAAGGGUUCUGAGGCCCUCUGGGAUAACCCUGCACUUUGGAAAACAAAGCCCUGGGGGCAGAGCUGGAAGUUGGGUUACAAAAGAGAUAAAGGAGGGACUAGAACAUCAGCUCAGAUGUUUGUCCCACACCACAGAAGCUGUGAUUCUCCCUGCAAGGCACUUGGCCAUUUCUGGGCCACAUAAGACACUGUCCGGUAUCACAUCAGUGUCUUGCAUUUGAAAGACUGCAUGUUUCAGAGAGCAUUUAUCUUAGUCCCACAUUCAGAUGAGAAGAUACCAAAGGUGCAUUCUUUCCAGAGCAUCCAUUGGAACAAUGUCUAAAUUGGCUUCUGUGGCUAUCUAUGAUGUGAUUGGCUUUCAUCCAGCUCUCUCCCAACAGUGGGCAUGUUUUCCCAACAGCUUCCACCAUCAAACCCAGGAUCAACCCAACUCACUAUUACCAGGCUUGCAAUUGGUUUGAUUUUUUUUCAUACAUGCUUGUCCAAAAAAAAAUUUGGGGAAAAAAAAGCAAAAGAAGGGAAACUGCAUUUAUCCCAUGCAUGUAUUAAACUCUGCAAGAAGUUUAACCCCCAUAGGUUUGCGGCACUGCAAAAUUGUUCAUGGGUCUAUGUAGCAAAUGAUUCUCUGCCUUGACAAUCAUGUAUACAUAUCGAUUUCUAUCAUAAUGAUACUGAGAUUGAUGACUUCUUGUUUUCCUCCAAUAAAGAGAAUUAAUCACC